AUGUCCCAGACAGAUAUAAAAAAAAAGCCAGUCAACUUCGAGAACCUUUUGUUAGGUGCAGGGUUAAACAUUGUGGAAGUGACCUCUCUUGGUCAACCUUUGGAAGUGACAAAGACCACAAUGUCUGCCAAUAGAUCAUUUGGGAUCGCCCAAGCUGCCAGACACGUCUGGUCCAGAGGGGGGUUCUUAGGGUUCUACCAAGGUCUUAUCCCUUGGGCCUGGAUUGAAGCAUCUACAAAAGGUGCUGUCUUGGUAUUUGUUGCUUCUGAAGCCGAAUAUCACUUCAGAAAGCUUGGUUUAGGUAACUUUGGUGCUGGUAUCGCCGCCGGGAUGGCUGGUGGGGUUGCCCAAGCUUAUGCUACCAUGGGGUUCUGUACCACAAUGAAGACUGUGGAAAUCACCAGAUCAAAGCAACUUGCUUCUGGUGCCCCAAUUGAGUCAACAUUUACCGUUUUCAAGAAUCUUUUCCAAAAAGAAGGUAUCAAAGGGGUCAAUAAAGGGGUCAAUGCCGUGGCCAUUAGACAAUGUACCAACUGGGGGUCUCGUUACGGGUUGGCUCGUUUGGCAGAAAACGCUCUUCGUAAAGCUACCGGUAAACAAGAUGGAGAAAAACUUUCUGUUAGCGAACGUAUCUUGGCAUCGUUUAUUGGUGGGUCACUUUCUGCUUGGAAUCAACCGAUUGAAGUGGUCAGAGUCGAAAUGCAAAGUAAGGUUAAAGAUCCAAACAGACCAAAGAACUUAACCGUGGCCAAGACUUUGAAGUACGUUUACCAAAAUAAUGGGAUCAAGGGCCUUUAUAGAGGUGUCACCCCAAGAAUCGGGUUGAGUGUUUGGCAAACCAUCUUCAUGGUGGCCAUUGGGGAUUCUGCUAAGGAGGCAAUUGCCGCAAGAAAAGCCAAAAAGUUGGCCUAG